AUGUCUGACGCAGAUAUAUAUCCUGAAGAGAUACCUUUUACUGAGAAGGAAGGGAAACCAAAAUUAAAUGAGAAAUCCUUUUUUUCAAAAUUAUGGGAUAUAAGAUCAAAUAUUACUGUCGAACCUGUAUUGGCUGGGCUAAUUAUUCCUUCUAUGUUAUCAAAGCUCGCAAUUCAAAAUUUGAACUUGGAUAAAGCAUGCCGUGUGAAAUUGGAUUAUGGAGACACUAUAUGUGAUGCUUUAAUAGACAGAUCUGGAAAUUAUUCAGAAGAAGAGGUGAAUGUCCAAAGAGUUAUCUCCAACAUAGAAGCAUGGAAGAGUGUUGUUCAAACUGCUAUACCGACUCUACUCGUUAUAUUUAUGGGAGCAUGGAGCGAUAGGAAAGGGAACAGAAAAGUCUGCAUUAUCUUACCACUCAUCGGCGAAUUCAUGGUCUGCAUUAGCAAUAUUAUAAACGUUUUUUUCUUUUACGAAAUCUCUGUAGAAGUCACUAUGUUUUUAGAAGCUUUCUUCCAAGCCAUAUCUGGUGGAUGGGUAAUGAUAUACUUGGGAGUUUUCAGUUAUAUUAGUGACGUUACCAAUGAGGAAACAAGAACAUUCAGAGUUGGUCUUGUUAAUUUAUGUAUGACAGCCGGAAUACCCAUAGGCACAGCUCUAAGUGGAAUUUUGUUAAAAUUGUGGGGCUACUAUGGAAUAUUCGCAGCUUCAGCCGCAAUUUACGUUGCAACGAUUAUUUAUUCGUGUAUGUGUUUGGAAAGCAAAACAAAAAACAAUCAUAGUAAUGAAAAGGAUAAAUCAUUGUCAUGUAUGGAUGUAGUUAAUAUGGUUAAAGAAACUGUUCAUGUUGCUUUCAAGAAAAGAGAAGGGAACAUAAGAAUGAAAAUUAUUAUGACGCUGUUAAUUGUUGGCAUUGUAUAUGGGCCCAAUCAUGGUGAAAGGAUAAUAAUGUAUAUGUAUGUAAGAUACCGACUAAAAUGGGAUGCCGUAAAAUAUAGUAUGUACUCUACAUACGGGAUUAUCACUCAUUCUCUAGGUGCUAUGUUCUCUAUCACCGUGUUCAGUAAGAAGUUGGGCUAUCACGACACAGUUCUUUGUCUCAUCUCCAUUGUCAGUAAACUUAUCGGUUCGGUUUACAUCGCCUUCGUUUAUACGGACCUACAAAUGUUCAUGGUACCGGUAAUAGAGAUCCUCAACGCAACGACAUUCACAUCCUUGAGAUCGUUGGCAUCAAAAUUAGUUCCCAGUGAGGAACUGGGUAAG